ACCGAGGUAUUAACAUUGGGCUACUCGUGCGUUGUCAGCUCAGUCGCAAACCUCACGCGACGCCGGCGGAGGCGCAUAUAAAGCCAGACUUUUGGAGAAAUCAACCCUUAUUUUUAAAAACUUUUUAGGUUUAUCACGUGAGGGGUGCAGAACCCCGAAAUGGGGUUUAAUUUAUUUAAAUUGUGUAUACUGCUGUGGGCAAGUGCAGCAGCAUCACCACAGUAUAGAGACGAGAAUGCAUUCGACAGAAAAGCUGUGGAAGGUGUCCCUGAACACGAACCCAUUGCGACCCCUAUUAGGGCUUCAGUAGAGAGUGUCCCGCUAAGAAAUCUCCCGGAUGAUAGUGAUGGCCGUCUACCGUUACGAGAUGCUGUAGAGAAGUUACCAAUUCCAGUGUUGGAUCAGGAAUCUCUUGUCAAAUUAGUAGGGAAAUCUCAUAUGUCCUUGAAACACGUCGAAGACUUCAGAAAAUAUUACGGAGCUGCAAGUCAUUUAAACAAUGUCUCUCGUACGGAUGAAAGGUUACAUUUGGGAAACGCAAAUCUUCAAGAGAUGCAACAAACUGUUAGCGGCACAAAUCAACGGCGUAUGGUCGUUUGUUACUUGGAAUCUUGGGCUGCUUAUAGGGCGCCGCCCUUAGCAUUCACAGCAGGGCUGGUACCUAAAUCAUGUACACAUUUGCACUACGCUUUUGCUGUUCUACAUCCACAUACGUACAGCGUUGUGUCGGCAAAUGAAGAUUAUGAUAUUAUUAAGGGAGGAUAUAGAAUAGCUACUGGAUUGAAAAAGCGUAUCCCUGGUCUCCGAGUACUCGUCAGUGUAGGAGGAGAAGGAACAGGAAGGCUCUUCAGCGAAAUGGUCCAAAUGCCAUACCGCCGUAAUUCAUUCAUUGAUAGUGCAGUCAACUUUUUGCGAGAACACGAUUUUGAUGGACUUGACUUACAUUGGGUAUAUUCAGGUGAUAAAGAUGAUAAAGAGAAAGAUCUGUUGACAACUUUGUUGUAUGAGUUGCGUGAGAAGUUUUCGUCUUAUGGAUUGUUACUCUCAACUGUAUUACCUCCAUUUAGGUAUCAAAUAGAAGAUGGCUACGACCUAAGCGCAGUGAGUGGUGCGACGGAUUACACAAUUCUUCAGGCGUGGGAUAUGACACAUGGGAAAAAAGAUGAACCUCCCACAAGGGCUGUGCAGCACAGUGCCCUUCACAGGGACCCUGGAGCGACUGCUAGGGACCAGCGAUAUGACAACGUGGAAUUUAUGGUGAAAUACAUUUUGCGUCAUGGUAUGGCAGCAGAGAAGCUCGUCUUGGGUGUACCACUUUUCGGACGCAGUUACACAUUGGCAGCUUCAACCUUACCAGCUCCUGGCGCAGCCGUUAGUGACUGGGGAGACGAGGGAAUAUACACACAGACAAAAGGAACGCUGGCGUACUUCGAGAUAUGUAUGACUGAACGUGAUGGUAAAGGCUCCAGUGGCGUCGAUGAAGAUGGAAACGCGUUCGCUGUCUUUGACAACCAAUGGAUCAGCUUUGACACACCGAAUACUAUUAUGGAGAAGAUGAACUUCAUAACGGAAGCUGGUCUCGCGGGGGCAGCAGCGUGGGCUGUAGACAUGGAUGACUUUAGAGGACUCUGUGGCGCUCCCUUCCCAUUGCUCAGUGCUAUUUCUAUAACACUUAAUGGCGAAUCAACACACACGGACCAAUCAUCGCUUAAAGUGGGAUCAUGUGAAGCCAUCAACCCUUACUUGGCAUCAGAUGAGGAAUCGUGCGCACACUUCCAUUUCUGUACCGGUGGAAUCAGUUAUAGAAUGAUCUGUGAGGACGACAGGCUUUAUGAUCCGUCAACUGGUUUCUGUGGACAUCAAGACGUAACCAAAUGCAUCCCAGGACAGAGUCUAAGAAUAAGUGUAGAAGACGCAGCAAGAUUCUUACCUAUCGCUUACGAAAAUGACUUUGAAUGGAACAUCUCUCCAGAAAGAGCGAAACCCCUUCAUAACGCAUAUACAGCUUUAGCGGACUUUAAAAAGAACAAAGAAAAUGACAAGAAGGUUGUAUGCUACAUAACCAGCUGGGCAUUCUACAGACGUGGAGAUGGAAAAUUCUUGCCCGAACACAUUGAUACGCGGCUUUGUACGCACGUCGUGUACGCGUACGCAUCUUUGAGCCCCGACGAGCUCAUUGCUAAACAAUUCGACCCCUGGGCUGAUGUAACAAAUAAUUUAUAUGAGAGAGUGACGUCAUUGGGCGAUGUAAAUGUAUUGCUUGGACUUGGAGGAUGGACAGAUUCCUCUGGCGACAAAUAUUCACGUUUAGUAUCGUCACCAGUUAAUCGCGCAAGAUUUACAGAGAAACUCAUUCCGUUCCUGCGAAUGCAUAAUUUCAAGGGUCUACAUUUGGACUGGAACUAUCCAGUUUGUUGGCAAAGCAACUGCAAAAAGGGUGCCGUUUCUGAUAAACCGAACUUUGCUAAGUUUGUCCAGGAACUAUCAAAAGCCUUACAUGGCGCGGGAAUGGAACUGGGUAUUGCUGUUUCUGGCUACAAAGAAGUGAUAGAGUCUGCGUAUGACCUGCCUACAAUAUCAAAAGCAGUAGAUUUUAUGAGCACAAUGACAUAUGACUAUCAUGGAGGAUGGGAGAAAUCCACUGCCCAUCAUACACCUUUGGUGCCUUUGAAGAAGGAUGCGUUAGCUUAUUACUCUGUGGAAUACGCUGUCAAAGCUCUGAUAAGCAGAGGAGCAGAUCCCAAGAAAUUACUUCUGGGUUUAGCUUUCUAUGGUCAGUCGUACCGUUUAUCAGAAAUGGACAGUUCUAGAGGUCCAGGUACUACAGCAGCUGGACCUGGAGAUUCUGGGGAGUUCACUAAGCAACCGGGGAUGCUGUCAUAUUACGAAAUAUGUUACAGAGUGAAGAACUUGAGAUGGAAAACAAGCCGUCAAGAAAAGGCCGGGCCAUACGCUUACUCCGACAAUCAGUGGGUUGGAUAUGAUGACCCCAAAUCAAUCACUGAAAAGGUGGAAUGGGCGCUUCGUCAAGGUAUGGGCGGUGUAACAGCCUGGGCAAUAGACUUGGAUGACUUUAACAACCGCUGUUGCAAUGAGCCAUCGCCAUUGCUGCGGGCUGCUGGGCGGGCUUUGGGCAGAACCGUUCCUUCGCCUCCGACAUCUCCAUGCGAGCGUCCACCUGAACCGGUUACUCCAGCGCCACCUACUACCACUCCAGCGGAAUCUGAUGGGUCCAUAGCCGGCGGUGGUGGUGGUAACCACAACCAUGACCAUGGUAGCCACACGUCAACCACAUGGCCAAGUUGGUCACCUUCAACUACACAGAGUACCACACAAACAUGGUGGCCACCAGCUACUACCACUCAGAUGACAACUACAACCACUACAACACAACGACCUUCUACAACACAACGACCUACUACAACAACUACUAGACGUACUACAACUUCUCCAACUACGACUACAACCACUCGGAAACCAUCAAACAUAAAUACAGACGAUGAAGGAUCAGCAUGUGAAGCGGGUGAAUACAAAGCUGCACCGGGUGACUGUGAAGCAUAUCUUCAGUGUGCAGGAGGCCAAUGGCGAAAGAACCGCUGUGCGCCUGGCUUGCAUUGGUCUACUAAAGCCAAUAGAUGUGAUUGGCCAUCCUUCGCAAAGUGCACGUCGCAACCAGCCAGCGAGCCAACCACAACAACAACGUUAGCUCCAUCUACAACAUCUCGACCGCCUCCAACUACUACUACUAAGCGAACCACUACAACUAGAACCACAACAACUACUAGCACAACAACUACUACUACUGCUAGGACAACAUUAGCAGAUGAAUAUCCUGAGUCAUCUGAAGGGAAACCAUGUGGUAAUCAAGAUUAUAUGGGAUCAGAAGAUGACUGCAACUCGUACUUGCAUUGUGAUGGGUCAGUUUGGAGGCGGCAACGAUGCGCUCCUGGCCUUCACUGGAGUGCCGAUAAGAAACACUGUGACUGGCCAAAAUAUGCCAAAUGUGAAAUUAAAUCUGGUGCACAAAAAACUACGACUACACCUAAACCAACGCGACCUCCAACAAACAGACCGACAACACCAAGCGCUAACAAGGCGAGAGAAGAUGGCCCUUGUGGCGGAAAUGACGUGCACGCAGCAGCCUCUACUUGUGAUUCUUACUUGUUGUGUGUUGGAGGCAAAUGGCGUCGCCAGCUAUGUCCACCGGGCUUACACUGGGACAACCGCUCUAAACGAUGUGAUUGGGCCGAAUUUGCUAUGUGCGAAGCUAGCAGAGUUACAUCGAAACCGCCGUACCAAAUGAUCGUCUCGACGACAACAACCAGAAGACCAACAACAACAACUAGAAGACCAACAACAACAACCAGACGGGCGACAACAACACGUCCAUCGACAACAACAAGACGAUCCUUCACACAAAAUGAACAAUAUCAAAAACCCACGCGUUGCCGUACCGGCACAUACCACCCCCACCCGCGGUGCGAGAAAUUCUACGUUUGCGUGAAUGGUGUAUUGGUUGCUCAAAGCUGCGCCCCAGGCCUUGUGUGGAGACACGAGCGCUCCCAAUGCGACUUCCCCACACAAUCGUCGUGCACUGAUAGAAGGCAGGUCAUUCCAGGUGUAUCGGAUACUAAGCCAAGUGCUAGUUUGGAAGUGGAUGAAAAACCUGCACUGUGCGAAAAUGGUCAAUACGCAGUGAAUCCAUCGGACUGUUCACGUUACAUGCAUUGUUUGUUUGGCAAAUACGAAGAAUUCUCUUGCAGUUCAGGAUUACACUGGAAUCAGGAUAAACAAAUAUGUGACUGGCCUCAAAAUGCGAAGUGCACGGUCCAAACAGUAACAACGUCUACAAGCGCUCCCGCUCUCUCUGAAGAGGAUAUCGAGGUGGUCCCAGCAAAUCCCAUACAAUUGCCAUCUGAAGGAACCGUGGACGAAGCUUUGCGUCCGCCACUUCGCAAUAGUCGGUUUAAACUGGUUUGUUACUACACAAACUGGUCGUGGUACCGUCCCGGUUUUGGCAAAUUUACACCGGAAGAUAUCGACCCAUCGCUCUGUACUCACAUUGUAUACGGAUUUGCUGUUCUAAGUGACGAUGGGCUCAUGGUUGCACACGACCCGUGGGCAGACAAUGAAAAUAAAUUCUAUGAACGUGUUGUGGAUUUCAAGAAGUAUGGUACAAAAGUAUCAAUAGCUAUUGGUGGAUGGAAGGACUCUGCCGGCGACAAAUACUCCAAGUUAGUAAAUAACCCUGCUGCGAGGAGACGCUUUGUGAAACAUACCCUGGAUUUCAUCGAGAAGUAUGGAUUUGAUGGACUUGAUUUGGACUGGGAAUAUCCUAAGUGCUGGCAGGUGGACUGCUCUAAAGGCCCAGACUCAGACAAGGAAUCCUUCGGUGAGUUGGUUCGAGAACUGUCAGCCGUUCUGAAACCCAAGGGACUCCUGUUAUCUUCUGCGGUAUCACCAAGCAAAAUGGUGAUAGAUGCGGGCUAUGACGUUCCGGUGUUAGCGAAAUAUCUAGAUUGGAUUGCUGUUAUGACGUACGACUACCAUGGACAAUGGGAUAAAAAGACUGGUCACGUGGCUCCACUUUACUACCACCCUGAUGAUGACAACACUUAUUUCAAUGCUAACUACACAAUGCACUACUGGAUUGAGAAAGGCACUCCUGCUAACAAAUUAGUCAUGGGAAUGCCAUUGUAUGGUCAAACAUUUAAGACCAUGUCGCGUUGGAAUAACAGAGGAGCAAGUAGUUUGAACUCACCAGCUCUUUCAGGAGGAGAUGCGGGAGAAUACACUAGAGCAAGCGGCUUCCUGGCUUAUUAUGAGAUUUGCGACAGAAUCAAAAAUCGUAACUGGGUAGUCGUAAAGGAUCCUUACCAUCGGAUGGGACCUUACGCCUACAAAGGUGAUCAAUGGGUAUCGUUUGACGAUGUAGAAAUAGUGAAAAAGAAAGUAAACUUCAUUAAAUCGAUGGGUCUCGGCGGUGGUAUGGUGUGGGCUUUGGACCUUGAUGACUUCCAGAAUAGAUGCAACCAAGGCAAAUAUCCUCUUAUGAAUGCUAUAAAGGAGACGUUUCUUAACCCUAAAAUUGAAUCCGAUACAAUUCUUCCUCCACCUUUACCCGAACCAGAGAAUAAUAUCGACGAAGAUCUUGACGACAUCGAAGUAAUACCCAGUUACAAUAAACCUACAAGUCGGCCAACACAAGUUACUCAAAGCACCACUCCAGAAAUAAUCAUGGAUGAAAUGGAACAACAAAAAGUAGUGUGCUACUACACAAAUUGGGCUUGGUACAGACCUGGCUCCGGAAAGUUCGUUCCGAGUGACAUAGACCCAUCACUGUGUACCCACAUCAUCUACGCUUUCGCAGUCCUUGACAGCUCCAGACUUGUUCUCAAACCUCACGAUAAUUGGCUGGAUGUUGAAAAUAAGUUCUAUGAAAAGGUAAUAGCUUUGAAGAAACAAGGCGUCCGUGUAUUACUAGGAUUGGGAGGAUGGAACGACUCUGCUGGUGACAAGUACUCCCGUCUCGUGAACAAUCCUGGCGCAAGGAGGAAGUUCGUCGUCCACGCCCUUGACUUCAUCGAACAAUACGAAUUUGACGGUCUGGACCUUGAUUGGGAAUAUCCUAAGUGUUGGCAAGUAGAGUGUGAAAAGGGCCCUAGCUCGGAUAAGCAAGGAUUCGCUGAAUUGGUAAAGGAAUUACGUGUUGCCUUCGUCCGAAAGGGUCUCUUGCUAUCAGCUGCAGUGUCUGCUAGCAAACGUGUUAUUGAUUAUGCAUACGACGUUCCAACACUGGCGGCAAACUUGGAUUGGAUAUCGCUAAUGACAUACGAUUACCACGGGCAAUGGGACAAGAAAACUGGGCAUGUCGCACCCAUGUAUGCCUCUGAUGACGACGAGGACAAAACCUUCAAUGUGAACUUCACAGUGAGCUACUGGAUGAGCAAAGGCGCUCCGAAAAGCAAGUUGAUAAUGGGUUUCCCAUUCUAUGGUCAGAGCUUUUCUUUGAUGGAGAAUGCUGGAAAUAGUUUAGGCGCACCGUCGUACGCAGGCGGGGAAGCUGGAGACGAAACCAGAGCUAGAGGUUUCCUGUCUUUCUAUGAGAUUUGUGAACGCAUUCGAGUCCAAGGCUGGCGGGUCCGCCGGGACCCCGGAGGUCGUAUGGGACCUUACGCCACAUUACACGACCAAUGGGUCUCCUUUGACGACGAUUUCAUGAUUCGUCAUAAAGCUGAAUUUGUUCGCGCCAUGGACUUGGGAGGGGCCAUGAUUUGGGCCCUGGAUUUAGAUGACUUUACGGGAAAAUAUUGUGGAUGUGGGAAAUAUCCAUUGCUUACGACUAUCAACCAUGUUUUAAGAGGACAUGAUGCACCACCUAGAUGUGGACUAGAAGAAAUUGAAAUUCCACCGAGCACUGAAGACAGCGAAACAACGACAGCACUACAGCCUAUGCAAACUACAACUCCUCCUUUAGCUGAUACAGAAAUAGACACUGAUGUUGAGGUAACUUCGAUAGAAGGAUCGUCAUGUACGAGUGGAUUCCGCGCAGACGCAGUCGAUUGUACCAAGUACUACUUAUGUAUCGGAGGUCGUUAUAUGCAGCUCGCUUGUCCGCCACCAUUAGUAUGGAACCAGAAUCAUUGUGAUUGGGCAGAAAAAUCAAAUUGCAAGAACAAAGCCAAUUUAAAACUGAGUUCGGAUCAAGACGUCAUAAUGACUGAGAAGCCAAUCAUCGCGUGUUACUUCACCAAUUGGGCAUAUUACAGGAAGGACGAAGGCAGCUUCGGACCUCAGCAAGUAGACCCAUCAUUGUGCACACACCUUAUUUACUCAUGGGCUCACCUUGAUAACAAUUUUACUCUCUCAGCUGGAAAUCCAGAGUUGGAUAUUGUCAAUGAUUUCUAUGGCAAAAUUACGGAAUACAAACUAAUGGGUAUGAAGGUUAUUUUGGGAGUGGGUGGUAUUGAAAAUUCGGAAGGAGACACUUGGAGUGAAAUGGUGUCUAAAGCUGAAAACAGGAAAAUAUUUGUUAAGUCCGCGCUAAAAUUCAUACAAAAGUGGAAUUUCGAUGGAUUACAACUCGCGUGGCAGUAUCCUGUCUGUAAACAAGUUCCAUGCUCCAACAAAAAGGUGGAAGAAAAAGAGAAUUUCAGUCUUCUCUUGACUCUUCUCUCAAAGGCAUUCCAGCGUCAUAAUCUGGAGGUCUCAGCUAUGGUUUCCCCUCAUCCACAAAUAGCAGCGCUGGCUUACGACCCUGAAAUUCUUUCUACUCUGGACUGGAUUAGCAUAGCAGCUAACGAUUACUAUAGCACGAAUGAGAAGACCACUUAUCUGUUGCCACUUGAGAAGACUGAACUUAAUGAAAUGGAUAACUUUCAAUCAAUAAUUCAAUACUGGAAAAGUAUAGUUCCAAGUAACCGAUUAGUGUUAAGCGUACCGGCAUAUGGCCGUUCAUACACCCUGCGCUCUGAGACAAAUGCUAUGCCCGGGGCAUUGGCCAUUGCGCCUGGCGAACCUGGGGAGAGUACUAAAGUUCCUGGAUUCCUCGCAUAUAAUGAGAUAUGCAAAGGAAAAUUAGAUAACUGGAGGAUCUCAGCUAGUCCGUCAGGUACGUAUGUGGUCUCCGGUUCCCAAUGGGUCACUUACUUGAGGCCCGAAGAGGUACAUCGAAUGUCCGCCUCCAUUGCCCUUGAGGGACUUAGAGGCGCUGCUUUAUGGGCAAUGGACCUUGACGAUUGGACUGGGUCCUGUGCUUGCAGGCCUUGGCCUAUACUAACGGCUUUACGCCAAGGACUUUUGGAGCCCACUCUCCCACCUGUCAUUUGCCUUUAGAAUUUCUCAUUGGUUGAGAGGAAAAAUUAAGACUUGACUGAAACCACGGUUUUUAAUUUAACAUUGAACCUGCUGUCUGUAAAAAGAAAUUUGAGUGUCUUGUACUGUUACCUCUUAGACGUACGAUAUACCUAUAACGUUCUGGCGUAUUUUACUCAUGUUACUUUAUUGAAAUUUUGUUAUAAAAUAAAAUAAUUGCCAGAGCUUAAAGUGUACAACACUUUUUACUGUUAGGCAUAUUGAAUAUGUUGACAGUUUUUCGUGGUAUCAACUACAAUUUAUUGUAUAAGUUACUGCCUUUAUGUAUAGAAGAAAUUUGACAGUACUGUAUUGGCUUAUCUCUAGUAUAUUUGUAAGAAAAAGACUUAUAUGUUUAAGUAGAUUUUUUAAUAUUACGAUAUUUUAAACUUAUUUUUGUAGGAAUUUCUUAUUUUCUAAUAAAGUUCUAGGCAGAUUUAUGUAUUAUUUUUGUUACUAUUGUAUUCAUAACUUAAAACAGUUUUUCGUAUUGUAUAUAGUAGGUAUUUCCAUCAUUCGAAAAAAAGAUAUAUGUAUCUCGAUAUUGUUACGCAAAUAUUUCAUCAGAAUUUAUAUUCAACUUAAUAGUUUAAGAGUUACCAGACGACAAUAUGUGUGCAAUCUGAGAUUUUAAAUACAAAAUGAUAUGAA